GCGGUGAGUUCCUCUGGCUUUCGGGUUCCAUCGGCCGCCAUCGGGGCCGAGGCGCUGCCGUGGCAGGCCUGCGCCCUCGCGGGGAGAGGCGGAGGCCUUUCUCGCCCUUCCCAAGGCUCUUCGCGCCGUAGCCGGAGGGCCGGGGCCGUAGUACUGGGAAUAUGAGGGACGUCGCUGACCGGCGAGGACUGGCGUCCCGGUGGUGGCGGGGGACGGAGGAGCGAAGCUGGAAGGCCACGUGUGGCGGGAAGCACCCGGGCCGGGGCCACGGCGUCCGCUUGCAUGUUGAUGCCCAAGAAGAACCGGAUCGCCAUCUAUGAACUCCUUUUCAAGGAGGGAGUGAUGGUUGCCAAGAAAGAUGUCCAUAUGCCCAAACACCCGGAGCUGGCAGACAAGAAUGUGCCCAACCUUCACGUAAUGAAGGCCAUGCAGUCUCUCAAGUCCCGGGGCUACGUGAAGGAGCAGUUUGCCUGGAGACAUUUCUACUGGUACCUUACGAACGAGGGCAUCCAGUAUCUCCGAGAUUACCUGCACCUACCCCCUGAGAUCGUGCCCGCCACUCUACGCCGCAGCCGUCCUGAGACUGGCAGGCCUCGGCCCAAAGGUCCAGAGGGUGAGAGGCCUGCGAGAUUCACAAGAGGGGAGGCAGACAGGGACACCUACAGAAGGAGCGCUGUGCCCCCUGGUGCUGACAAGAAAGCCGAGGCUGGGGCUGGCUCAGCAACGGAAUUCCAGUUUAGAGGCGGCUUUGGUCGUGGCCGUGGUCAGCCACCUCAGUGAAGAUGGAGAUUGUGUUGUAUUGAAUAAACUUUAAAGACAAA